CAGUCUUGUGUCGCAAUCGGAACCGCAGCAGCGAGCCAGUGACCGGUGCUCACUGAACAGUGUACACACACACUCUGGAGCUGAACUUGGAGAAGAGAGUUUAAGGAAUUUGCAAUGGGGCGCGUGUGGCGUUCGCUUAUCGUGUUGUUGGUGGCGGCCAUGGUGGGCACGGCGGCGAGGACGGCCGGGGCGGCGCCGCAGGUGCCGUGCUACUUCGUGUUCGGGGACUCCCUGGUGGACAACGGGAACAACAACGUGAUCGUGUCCAUGGCGCGCGCCAACUACCCGCCCUACGGGAUCGACUUCGCCGGCGGACCCACCGGACGCUUCAGCAACGGCCUCACCACCGUCGAUGUCAUCUCCAGGCUUCUGGGCUUCGACGACUUCAUCCCCCCGUUCGCCGGCGCAAGCAGCGACCAGCUCCUCACCGGCGUCAACUUCGCCUCCGCCGCCGCUGGCAUCCGCGAAGAGACCGGCCAGCAGCUGGGCGGGCGGAUCAGCUUCAGCGGGCAAGUCCAGAACUACCAGUCCGCGGUGCAGCAGCUGGUGAGCAUCCUGGGCGACGAGGACGCGGCGGCGGCGCACCUGAGCCGGUGCAUCUUCACCGUCGGCAUGGGCAGCAACGACUACCUCAACAACUACUUCAUGCCGGCCUUCUACAACACCGGCAGCCGCUACACGCCGCAGCAGUACGCCGACGACCUCGCCGCCCGCUACACGGAGCUCCUGCGGGUCCUCUACGGCUACGGCGCGCGCAAGGUGGCGCUCAUGGGGGUCGGGCAGGUCGGGUGCAGCCCCAACGAGCUGGCCCAGGGCAGCGCCAAUGGCGUCGCCUGCGUCGACCGCAUCGACACCGCCGUCCGGAUGUUCAACCGCAGGCUCACCGGCAUCGUCGACCAGUUCAACGCGCUCCCCGGCGCGCACUUCACCUAUGUCAACAUUGAUGGCAUCUUCGCUGAUAUACUGAAGGCCCCUGGUGCGCAUGGGUUGAAGGUGACCAAUGCCGGGUGCUGUGGCGUGGGGAGGAACAACGGGCAGGUGACUUGCCUGCCGUUCCAGACGCCCUGCGCCAACCGGCAUGAGUACCUCUUCUGGGACGCCUUCCACCCGACCGAGGCCGCCAACGAGCUCGUCGGACAGCGGGCCUACAGCGCCCGCCUGCCCUCCGACGUGCACCCCGUCGACCUCCGGACACUCGCCCGGCUCUAGUCCGAUCAGUUCGUCUGUCGGUGUACUCGGCGUGCAUGCACUGUUCUGGUUAUUAUUUGGUGAACAACACACAUAUAAGAUGAUGACACUUCUGUGUCUGAAUUUUGCAACUGUAUGCUUUGUACACAGUUCACAGUGGUUUAGAUGGGCGGCAAUGGCAAUGUAUGUAUGAUUGGGCAGCAUUUAAACA